GAAUCGCCUGCCUGCAAUCGGUCUGCAGGCAGCAAUAAGUUAGGUGAGUUCGGAACUCCCACCUCUCCUCAUCCGUAUAACGCGAACAGUUCGCUUGCAGAUUUAAAACUGACAGCAUCUACGACGACCCUAUCGGACAAAGAUCCUCGAGACAUUAGUAACAACGGCUUCAACCGCUUCGAUCCAAAAUACGUCAGCAUCGGUCCAAAGGCGAUCCGGGCAGUAGGGAACCAGAUGACGACCAACGUGAACAAAUGUGCCACUUUGCGGCAUGGAGGUCGCUACGGAGGUUCUCUAACGGCUGGGGUUGCUGGAGGAGGACGCGGUACCAGUCCUAGUCCACUACUGAAAAAUGUGCAACAACCUGUUGUGGCCCAAAGCAAUGCGCAUUUUAAGCAUCCUCAGCAGCAGCAUACCCAGCUACAGGACAAACCGGAUCGCCAAUCAUCGAAUCAACAAAAAUUAAACAUUUCAACCGUCUCCAAAGAUUACAAUCAGUCGUACUCGUGUGCUACUCUUCCGUACAAAAAACCCAGUGGAUUCUCGGAACAGGUUACUACGUCAAUACUAAAAAAGGAAAGCAAUCUAGACAACAAGCAUCACCCGACGGUUUACAGUAUCGACACGUCCUACCACCAGCAGGCUGCUCAAUCAACUCAACAGCAUCACCGUUCGCUUUCCAGCACCAAUCAGUUAUACCACGAAACGGGAGCUGGAUCAGCAUUCGCUAGCCCACCGCCAUCUUCAGCAUCUACGGCCACCACCAGGAGUAACGUGUCGAUUAUCAAUCAACCACUGCCAGAGAUUCCGAUUUCCGCUCAAAGCAUGAAAAACAAUCAACAGCCACUUUGUGCUGCCACGCUCAACCAGUAUCGAUCACUGCAGCGACCCAACAAGCAGAGCGGCCUGACACUGAAGGAAUCGUCUCCGCAACCACAGUCACAGCAUCAUCCUCCACCACAAAUACAGCAGAAGCCGUCGAUACCGCCCAAGGUUACUCCACCGAUGCUUCCCCCGAAGAAUCGUCAUAAAGACGACGCCGUAUAUCAGUCUCGGACCGCAUCGGUCUCAUCCUCCAUAAGACCUCAGCAACCAUUACCUCAACCUCCCUCGCAUCAGUCAUCCUCAUCUUCGCUACAAUCGUACGGACUCGCUGGUACUGGCAGUGGCCACGUCACUAAGACAAACUUUAACGCAAUUCAGCAACAGCUGCAAAAUCAACUGCACUUCAAACAGUACCAUCAACUAACCCAGCAGCCCUGGCAACGGGAGCAGCUGUCCGGCCAUAACGCAGCAUACCAACAACACAGCUACGCUGCUCAUGAACGUGGAUACGAGCAAAAAUCUAGCCGAAACCGAUCCUACUCUGGUAGUAGCGAUCGCGAACAGUUACAUCAGCAGCAACAGCAGCAGCAGCAUCAACAACAGCAAAAAUCGAGCAAUAUCGAAAAACAGAAGCAAAGCUACCAAACACUGCCCAAGAAUCAUCACCACUAUCACGGUCAGGGAGCCAACACGUCGUCCUUUACUACUCAAUCGCCUGCGCAGCAACAGCAGCAACAGGCUAUGUCACACCAUCACCACUACCCGCCGCAACAGCCACAACAACAACAACAAAUGCAACAGCAACCACACCAUCAGCAGUCACAGCAGGCUGUGACUCAGCAGGCACCACAACCGAAAAGCAUUCUGAGCAAAUCGCGGUCCAACGAGGCUAGGGAGCGAGAGCGUGAACGGGAGCAACGGGAACGUGACCGGGACCGAGAUCGUGAUCGCGAUCGGGAACGUGAACGGAGUGCGCAUCGAGGCCACAGCAGCCACGAGUAUCACCAUGAUGCACGCUCGGAGGCCAGCAAGAAUCCGAACGUUUACUACCGAUCGCUGCAGCGGGGCGGACUACAGGCCAACAAUGAUCUCUACUCGGUGACGGAAUUGUGAGAAAGGUUUGAUUUUUAAGUUUGUUUCUAGAUGUGGUUUGGUUUUUUCUUUCGGGAACUUGUCGGAUGGACUUGGUGGAUGUUUGAAGGGUUUCUUUCUCAGAAUUUUCUAUUUCUCUAUCGGUACUUGUCUAUUGGGUCAUUUCUGAAUGAGAUCCAAACAUUGUUACUUACCGUUAACGUUGUGUAAAUCUCUGAACAUCUGUUAGUUAUGUUUCUGCAUAUUUUGAUGGAUAUUUGCUAUGCAACGACCAUAGCAGUCAGUUGCUAAUGACUAAAAGCCCUAUUGUAAUUUUAUCUGGGUAUCUCCGAAAUAGAUGUUUUUCAUUAACAGAAACUAUUCUGUCGCAAAAAACCUUUACUGUCAAGGUUUUUUUCGUUUUAAUUUUUAAAACAAUCUCACAAAAUCAAAUAAUAUCAAACAUCCACCGCGAUAAAGUUAUCCAUGUUUACGAAUCUUUUUCGUACUGCCCUCCAUUUGAAAUCUGGAAUGAGGUUAUCAAUAGUGCAACGAUAAACGAAUUACCGUCGGCGCAGAACCGGGAAACCGGUCGCUUGAAUUUUAUUUUCGAUAAGUUGGAUAAGUUAUCCAUCAAGGACUGUCAACAUCCCGAUUACGUGAGCCCCCAUUCCCCGGCAAGACAGGUAGACAGGCUGGCAGGUGCAGCAGAAAGCAAAACGAAAACAAUACGUAACCAAACGAAACUAGCAUACACACAAACUAACAAACCAGAACAGAUCGUUCCGAUCUGACAGCACCGGUAGUGGCAGAGUUUGUACAUAGACGGAUAGAGUACUGUUUUUACUUAACUAAAACGCAGUGUAUUUUAGCUCAAAACCAACAUUUCUCACGAUUUAAAUAUAGACAGAUGAGAAACAAAAGAAAAACUGAUGCUGCACCCCUUAGGAGCGCACGCGAUCAUGCGAUUGUUGUUAAUGUUACUGAUAAUCUUCAUAGUAUAGACGAAAAAGCAAAACAAUACGAAAACAAGUGUAUUAAGAUAGGAAUUAGUCAAUCUGAAAGUAAAAGCUCAACACAAUUCUAUCAAUCCACUCAUACAACUGAUGGGAUUUACACUAUAGCAAUUGAAAGUAAUGCAAAUUGGUCAACGCUAAGGUUAGAUGUACCAGGAAAAAAAUAACGACCCCAAACAAGCCAAAUCACACAAUCAUUCGAUGACAUUCAUCUGUAUUACCUUAGGCACAUUUAAGCAUCCAUUCCAUCGGUUCGCUUGCUGCGACACGAAACCCGAAGUUGUUGAAAACCGUAACACCAUUUAGGAAAAUCAAAAAUACAUUUAGAAAAAUACGGAAAACAUCAAAAUUUUGCUUUGAGUUAGUUUUUUAAUUUUGAAAAAAAUAUUCGAAAGAUAAAUUAGUGCGUAAUCAGCGAUUGACAUGUGUCAGGGUGGUAUGCAGUUUUCAUGGCUACAAAAGCAGAGCCGAGAGAGUGAACUUGUUUCUUUUUAUGUUUUAACGACAUUCAAUUAGCAAGGAACUGGAUGAGAAGACGUAUUCUUUAGUAUUAGGAGCCAUCGGACUCAAGGAAGAUCAAGGGUGUGAAGGAAGAAAGUUUAGAAAAGCGUGGAAUAGGAUCAUAUGAGCAAGCUUAGAGUUUAUCGACGACUUAACCUUUUGUCUUCUACCGCAGAAAUCAGGAUAUUUUGGCACUUUUAUCGAAUGUGAGUCACCUGAGUUUGAUUUCCACUGCAACUGUUUUCUGGUAGAUUCCUUAUUGAACAGACAUCCGUGGUGACAGGAUAUUUCUCCCCUUAGUUGAAACAUUUGGGAUCUGAUUCCUCAAUUUGCUGAAAACUAUCCUGAUCAUGAUCAACGUCAUAGAAAAGUUUCUAGUUCCGUGAUCUGAGUGGAGGCUUUCAACGCAUUGACGUCGCGCUGCUUUCGUUUGUAUCAAACCGACGUCCGAUGAUCAUCAGCAUCUAUAACACAUACCUAUACGUUCAAUAGCCAAAUUUUCAGCACCGUUUAUUGCUCAGGAACAAUUUUGCAUAGAUUGUAUCUUAUGGUUGAUGACAUAUAGCUUUUACACCAUGCUUUUGGUAGAAUUAUUCCGCUAGGUAGUUGUGAGUAUUAGUACUGAACAGUUUGUGAGCCCGAGUAGCUCCAGAGAGGUUCGCACAUGCAUAUCAACCGAGACUUCCAUCGGAGGCUUCAUCUACGGUUACUUGCAGAAAUUUAGCGAAUUGCUCUUUUCGAAUUAUCUACGAAUCGGUGAAGCCUUCUUCGGAUGGAAAUAGGCAGUUUUGAGGCGUAUGAUUGUUUUGUGAUGUCUUUUAUAGUGAUAGUUUAUAGUUUUAUAGUGAUGUCUUUUAUUUGAAUCACUUCGGGCUUCUUUGAAAACGAAUUCACCUAAGCGAGAACUAACCUUUGAUAGGGUCGGCAUAAUCUAGAUAUAUCCGUUGCCACGGUUAUUUCCAAGGCUGCGUUUAUGUUAUUUUUCGCCCCAAUAGCGCACCCAUUGCAGGCUUCAAUCAGCUUGGAAAUAUUUACGUUGAUAUUUUACUAUUAAACGUCUUGACAGGCAAUGAAGCGCAUUCGUUCAGGUCCAGGGUAUAUCACUUAGACAGUUUUACCCAUUUAAGGAAUAAUUCUGGCAUUAGACAUUCUUUUACGACUGUGAGAGACUCCUGUCACUAGCAGAAUAUUCAUGGUUCCGGUUUCCGAACAAAGACGACAGGAGCCAAUCAUCAAAAUCAACAUGAUUUACCAGCGCUCGUAAUCCGUGGGAUCAAUAGAAUCCCCAUCCAGUCAUCCAAUCUGUCCACAUCUUUGUCGCAGUGGUGUGUGUAUCGGUUCAACGACUUGACAAAAGUGUGGUCGUUGUCUUUGUCGCCAUGUUUCUUGACAUUGAAUUUAGUAGAGUUACAUAGCGAAGCAAAUUUCUAAAGGCAGUCUUCGUUUCGACAUAAAGGAAAGAGACACCAUCACCAGUUACACUGAAUCAGCGCGAUCCACUGUGCGCAUUUAUCAAUAGAAUUCUGGGCAAAUCAUUUCACACACACACACACACAUACACACACACAAACACAAAUUGGGGGUUUGUUUUCCUCCAGCUGUCAGCCAAUUUAACCCUUGCAUGCCCAACUUUUUUCUAGUGCAUGA